GACGUUCAUACGAUCUCGCUGGAAUCUUGUGAGAACACAUUGAGGAUAGAUCCAGCUACUUGGUGUAUUGCUAUGAGGCGAUUGAGUUACAAUUUAUUUGUUUUUCCUCUGGAUAUUUUUCUGACAUUUUUGUGAAAGCUGAAUAAUUGUCAGAUUGUUCUCGGAGACAGCGAGAAAAAACUUUUCUUGGCUCUACACUUGUAAAACCAUGGAAACGCACCCGUCCAUCCUGGGACUGCCCAGGAAGGGCCCCGCCCGCCGCAGCCUCUUCGGCCCCGUGGACCGGGAGCAGCUGCGGGCCGACUGCCAGGCGUCCCUCCAGAGGGACCUGGACGAGGCCUCUCGUCGCUGGGGCUAUGACUUUGUCGCCGACCGGCCCCUGGAGCAAGAGCGCUUCCACUGGGAGGCCAUCCCCAGCGCCAAGGUGCCUCUUCCGUACCGGCCGUCUCCGCAGGGCCCGGACCACGAGGAGGAGCGCGGGGUGUCGGGGGGGGCCGCAGGGCAGACCGGAGGACAGACGGCACAGCCCGCCCCCGUGGGGCUCAGCGCUGGGAUGUCCCACGACGGCGGGGAGUGCGUCGCGGACGAGGAGAGGGUCCCACUCACGGCAGAGUGCUCCGCCGGGAUGGAGAAAACGCCAGAGAAGGACGACCAGGUCAGGCUGAAGAGGAAACAGACCAAUAUCACCGAUUUCUACCAGUCCAAGAAGCGAGUGGUGGGAAAGCCAAGGAAGUCGGGUCAGUAAUCCUGGCUUGGGUUUUCCCGUCGCCAUGCCAGUAUUCCCAGAGAACUCAGAUCCUAUUUUUCUCAGGAACAACCCCGCUCCCGCGAGAACUCUGAACACUCGUGACUCGUGACGUGAUAUGGGCGCUUAAAAAAGGAAGAGGAAACAGCAUGAGGACAUAAGAAACCUACUCAAAAGUGUCAUGUCUUUGGUGACUCAAGGUUCACACAAUACAAUAUACUGCUUUUUGUUGUUUCCUUCUACUCUGGGGGGGGAGAUUUUUUCAUCUCUGCCACUUGGACAUCAUCAGACGCAUAGCGCAAAGAGGGAUUCACACAGAACUACUGUACCUGAUCGUGGCACCGGUUGGUGGAGUGUCAGUGAUGAAUUAUUCUGUUAAUUAUCAUAGUUAUAUGUGUAAAUGUCCUGCUAGGGCACUUAUACACUUUUCUUCACUGGCGGACCAUAGGGUGACAAGACGACUAUCUUGAAUCCAUUCCGAUUGUUUUUACUAGCACUUCCUGUUAAAUCUUCCUAAUGUGUGUCUUUUUCUAUCUUGAUGGUCUUGCUUCCUGUGUCCCGAUGGACGUAAGAGUACCAGACAAGCAUCCAUUUGCUCUGCCUGGGACAUAGAAACGUCAGAAGUACUGUCGUCACCUAAAUCAGGCGGUGGACAUCUGAAGAGACCACCCUGUCUUUGUCUAUUUUAGUUGUAUAGGUUAGUAUAUAAUUCCCUGUUGAAUCGAUCAUAGCCUUUUUAAGUAGCAAGUAUCAUGUAAUACACAGCAUUGCACAUAUAUCUGUUUACUCAGGUGUAUUGUGAUGCCGUUCACAUCAGUUCCUUUAUUCAUCAUGACACUAUUUUCUUUCUAGGCUAAAUAAAUUUUUUUGUGGGAACAUAGUGCAUUUAAAGACAUACAUCUUUAUCUGCCUCAAAACUAAACAGGAUGUUUCUUUUUGAUUUUAAUCUAUAUCCGUUAUCUGGUGGUUUGGGUAAUCUGACUCUGGGGUGGGGGGGCCGGGGGGUAAAUGAUUAUCUUUAAUCUUAAAUUUAAAUUGCUUUUAAACAUUUAAAGCCCCAAAAAUGACAGAAAUCGAAAUGCCCCCAAACAAACAAAAAUGCACUUCUCUUUGUGGAACCUUGCCACAAGUCCAACACAGUGUUGUAUGUUUAAAGAGAUGAAAAUAUAUAUGUUUAUUUAUUAUAAGAGAUGUCUUGUUAUUCCAUUGUGUGCAUUUCUACGAAAUGUAAAUUAAAGUUUGUUUUCGAUGAUA